AUGGAGUACCUCUAUGACCUUCAAGAACCAUGUAACCAGUUUCAAAAUAUUCAAUAUUAUGAAGUCCUUGACAGCAUUCACUUUUCAUAUAUUCAAGAUUUCAAACCACGUGACGAUGUUGGUAAUUACGAUGUUCAAGAACCAAGUGACGAUGUUGGUAAUUACAAUGUUCAAGAACCAAGUGGUAAUGUUGAUAAUUAUGAUAUUCAAGAUCCAUGUAAUCACGUUUUAAAUACCUUGUCAUCGAAAAAUAACGAGGAAGUAUAUAAUGAAAUAGCUGACUUAUGUGAGGAUGAUAAGUUAGCAAAUGAAUCUUUAGAAAUAAAGCUGGGGCUUUCAUUUCCAGACUGGCAGUCAUUCAAAAUCUGGUUGUAUCAGUUUGCACUACAAGAAGGUUUUAAUUACAAGAUUAGGACUAGUGAAAAAGAUGGGGAAAUAGUUAGACAGGCUAAUUAUAUAUGUGCAAAAUCUGGGACAUACAAUUCUAAUGCAACAGCAGAUCCAAUUAAAAGACAUAAUAAUAAGUUGAAUGUUACAUUUCCCAAAUCAACAUCUGCAGUAAAAAUAAAUUCAGUUAAUAAUGUCCAUAAUUAUCUACUUACUCCUAUGAUUAAAGAAAUUGCCCCUCAGUUUCGCAAGUUAACUCCUGAAAUGCUAUCUGAUAUUGAAAAAUACAUAGUUCAGGGAAGAAUGAAUUCAGAAUCAAUCUAUCCUUUACUUAGACAUGAUUAUCCCGAACAGUCCUUGUACAAAUGUGAUUUAUAUAAUGCCAUAUAUGCCUUUAGGCGAAAAAAUAAUCCAGGAGAUUCAGAUGCUUUAUUAAUGCUACAAACAUUAUUAAACUAG